AUGCUCUUGGAGAACGUAUUCGACAAGAAUUUUGGCGAAGAGACUCGUCUCGACAAAUCCGACGCCCUCAUCGCGCAUCUCGAGGAGUGGCACCACAGAUUCCCACAUCGCAUCGAUCCGACCAUCGACGAUGGUAUCCAUCAAAAUAUGAAGAAUGAGGCAUCGUCGGAAUAUGUUGAUCCUAUCGAGCAGCUGUUCGCUUCACUCAAUCUUGAGCCGAUCGAGUUUGAGCGCGAUACUCCAAUCUAUAUAAGCCAUCAUUUGGUGGCCGCUAUGCGCACCUCGGGCGCUGCUGUCUGCAGAUAUCACAAGAAGCCAGCUCUUGCUGCGUUCAUCGUCACGAAAACUGAAGCGGGCGCAGGAUUUGAGACAAUUCUGGUCAAGUUCACUUCUGAGAACCUAUUCAGAUCGAUUUGGCGGUUGGCUCUCAAGGUGGAAAACAACAAAAUCAAACAUGGAUGCCAAGGAUUGAAGCUUGUGCGCUUUUUCAAUCGCAUGCGUAGCUGUGACCACACGAACCUAAACGAUGAAAAAGCGUUGGUGAAGGAAAUCGCCGGGUUGCCGCUGCUCGAGAGACAAGUCCAAUUCCAUUUCGCGUUGUUCACCGUCACAUUCGACGAUUCGCCGCAUAUUUGCUCGUGGCACGGGCAGAAUAUCAAAUGUUGCGUGAUUCUGAAUCAGCGCAAAAUUAGUACUUGCGUCACAUUGCCAUUCUGCGAGAGUUGCAUGCAGGCCGAGACGAAUCAGCGCGGCAAUUUGCCAGGCGACAUUUUUCCGGUUCUACGCAGCACCUAUGAGGCCAAGAAUCCCAAGGAUCUUCAGGAUUGGUGGAAGUUGAGACAAUUGGCAGCUGUAUAG